AUGGAUAGACCAAGAUUUGCUCAGCAUAAGUUUGAAAGUAGGCGUGAAAAUUCGAUUUUUUUUAAGCUAAGCAUUAUAAAAAGUAAUAUUGGUAUGUGAUUUAUGUCAGAAUUAUGUUAAUUCAAAUAAAACAUCCAAAAAUUUUUUG